AUGAGUGAAUCAGAAGAGGAAGGAGCAUUUAAUUGUGACUCUUCAGAAAACUACAAGCCUGGUGGAGAUGAGACUUCUACUGAUUCAGAAGUAGAUUCAAGAAGCAGAGACGCAGUUGUUGAACCACUGAAGAGGGAAAAAGGAUCGCACAAGGAACAAUGGGAACGGAAUGUAAGUAAACAGCAGAAGGUUGACGGAAAGAAGUACAGGAGCACGCGUGGAAAAAACAUGCUGCACUGGACUACAGGAGGCGGCAUGACGUCACCCACGUCGGCGGACGGGAAGGUGCGCUCGAUUCUCCUGCGGGCGGUGUCCGCCGGGGAGAUCAAGCUGCACCCCUCCCUGGCCGAGCAGCAGCAGCAGCCGCGCAAGCAGCACCGCCUGGCCAGGGCCAAAACGUUCGUCGCGGCGAGGACCACGCGUGAGCCAGAGCCGGGGACGGCCUCCCUGGAGCAGCUGGUGGAGUGUCCGCUGUGUAAGGGCCGCAUGAAGGACCCCCGCAUGCUGCCAGCCUGCCAGCACUCUUUCUGCAAGGACUGUCUCGUCAGAGUCGCCAGGGACGCAAGGAGCGUGUCUUGCCCGGUGUGCGGCGCCGCGAGCUCGGUGCCCGCGGGCGGCGCCGCCCACCUGCCGGGCAACCUGUACGUGGGCUCGCUGCUGCGCCUGCUCGCGGGCGACCAGAACAAGCUGCAGCUGCAGGCCUGCAACCACUGCGGCCAGAGUUUCUGCGACACCUGCUGGUCCAGCCACACCACGGCGCUGGAGGACCAGCUGUCCCACAUGCGUUCCCAGGUGCUGGAGGCCGCAGAGGCCAUCGACCGCAAGGAGGCCGACUUCAAGGAGCGGUGCGAGCGGGCGAGAGCGCAGCUGGCCGCCGCCGUGGACGGCCGCGUGGCCGAGCUGCGCCGCCUGCAGCGGGAGGCGGACCAGCGGCUCAGCGAGGCCCAGGGCGGCGCCGCGGGGGCGGCGGGGGCGCUGCGGGGGCGGCUGCAGGGCGCCGCGGCGCGCCUCGCCGACGCCUUCCGGGGGCUGCAGCUGCGCCACGACAAGGUGGACGCUUUCUUGACGCUGCACGGAGAGGCGGCGAACCUGGUGGAAGAAGCGUCCAGCUGGAGCGGCGGGCAGCUGGCCUUCAACGCGCAGACCCUUGAGCUCAGCAUACGCGAGGAGGCGGCCGGCAGCCAGACCCCGCCCGAGGGGAGCGGGGGCUCCGUCGAGAACCUGGCCAGCAGCGCCGCCUACAGGAGCGCGCCGCGGCUGUGUCUGCGCAAGCACUGGCUGCGGCGGCCGGGCGCGGUCUGCUGGUGCCCGUGGGCGGCGGCGCGCCACCUGCUGUACGUGGCGGCGCGCGACGGAGAGCUGCUGGCCGUGGACGCCGCCACGGGACGCCUCGCCUCCAGAGUCACCGUCGACGGCCUGCUCUGCCCCGCCGGCGUCGCCUUCUCCGGCGACAGGUGCUACGUCACAGACAAGUACGCGCACUGCGUGCACGAGCUGGACGCGGAGGGCCGCGUGGUGGCGUCGCUGGGCAAGAAGGGCGGCGCGCCGGGCCAGUUCCGCAGCCCCGAAGGGCUCGCCGUAGCCGCCGACGAGGCGGGGGGAACCCUGCUCUACGUCUGCGACACCGGCAACGACCGCCUGCAGGUGCUGCGGCCUGACGGGGCGGUGGUACGCGUGGUGGGCGUCAGGCCGCUGGAGGACCAGCCCGGCGUGCUGCAGACGGAGUUCGACCAGCCGACCGGCGUGGCCGUGUCGCGGGACAGGAUCGCCGUCGCAGACAGCGGCAACAACAGGGUCAAGGUGUACAACAUGGAGGGUGAGAAGAUACUGGAGCUGUCCGGUGAGAACGGCCCGUUCAACUGCCCCGAGUGCGUGGCCAUCGACCGUAGCGGCAGGAUCAUCGUGGGCGACAGCGGCAACCAGCGCGUGCAGACUAACGGGGGCGGCGCCGUGUGCCGGCAGGUGUUCAGCGAGGACGGGCGGCUGGUGUGCUCGCUCGGGGGCCGCAGCUCGGGCAUCGGCUGGGUGUCCGGCGUGGCCGCCAGCGGCGCCGGGGAGCUGGCCCUCGCCGACGGCUCGGCGCACGCCCUCUACGUCUUCUGA